AUGGAUUGGUUGUUUGGUAAAAAGAUCUCUCCCGAUGAGAUGCUACGUAAAAAUCAAAGAGCUCUUAACAAAGCUAUGCGUGAUUUGGACAGGGAAAAGAUGAAAAUGGAACAACAGGAGAAAAAAAUUAUAGCCGACAUUAAAAAAAUGGCUAAAGAAGGUCAAAUGGAUGCCGUCAAAAUAAUGGCUAAAGACUUGGUACGCACAAGGCGUUAUAUUAAAAAGUUUAUGUUAAUGAAGGCUAAUAUUCAAGCAGUUUCUCUUAAAAUUCAAACCCUGAAAUCUCAAAACACAAUGGCCCAAGCUAUGAAGGGUGUUACUAAGGCUAUGCAAAAUAUGAACCGCCAGCUGAAUCUGCCUCAAAUUCAAAAAAUUCUACACGAGUUUGAGAAGCAGUCAGAAAUUAUGGACAUGAAGGAAGAAAUGAUAAAUGAUGCUAUCGAUGAUGCUAUGGAGGAUGAGGGCGAUGAAGAAGAAACUGAUGCUGUAGUUUCACAAGUUCUUGAUGAGUUGGGAUUACAAUUAGGCGAACAACUAGGAGACCUUCCGACCGCCUCAGGUUCAUUAUCGAUUGCUGGUGGCAAUAAAGCAACUCCAGCUGCCGUGGCGGCAGGAGGCGGCGCUGUUGCGGCAGGCAACGGAGGUGAUAAUAAAAGCAGUGGACCGUCGUCACCAAUGUCUGAUGCAGACGCGGACUUGCAAGCCCGUUUGGACAAAUUAAGGCGGGACUAAUGAAUUCAUUAGCGAAAGGAUGGUUUUUUAGAAUUUUUUGCUUUGAUAAACAUGCCUAUAAACGUUGUUUCUUUAUAAAUAAAUUAAAAGUAUUAGCGUGAGAUUUGGGUUUUGCGAAUAAUUACGAAAGAGCAAAAGUUUCUCCUGAUCCUUAAACUGGCUUCGGCUCACGUUACCUAGAACAAGGUAAUUAAUUAAAGCUUUCGUUUUUUUAAAGUA